AUGAAAAUUCAUUUAACGUAUCAUUCAUUACGAUGCAAUUCGCAUUUGAGUCGUGCGUCCGUCAUCGACACGCGCACGCACAAAAUUCGUGCCGAGGAGCAGUUCAGCUUUGAGGUGAAUGAAAUCGCCUGGAGCAAUGGAAGUGAUUUGUUUUUCCUCACCAAUGGACAGGGAUGUGUGCACAUUCUGAACUACCCGAACCUGGAACUCCAACAAGUCCUGAAAGCGCACCCAAGCACCUGCAUCUGCAUCGAGUUUGAUCCGACUGGGAAGUAUUUUGCGACCGGUUCUGCCGACGCACUGGUUUCACUGUGGGAUGCGGAAGAGUUGGCCUGUUUGAGGGUGUUUUCCCGGCUCGACUGGCCGGUGCGUACGAUUUCCUUCAGCCACGAUGGAAAACUGUUGGCUUCGGCAAGCGAGGAUUUGAUUAUCGACAUAGGUGACACGGAAACUGGGGAGAAGGUGGCAGAUAUUUCUGUCGAUGCGGCCACCUUUACCGUUGCUUGGCACCCGAAACAAUAUAUCCUAGCAUAUGCCUGCGAUGAUAAGGAUACGAACGAUAGGCGAAGGGAUGCCGGUAGUUUAAAAGUGUGGGGAUUUUCGGAAUAA